AUCCCUGGCCAACAGCUGGCCACUGUUACGUCAAAAUAGAGUAGUGAAAAGGUUAAAUUAAAUAAAACUAUAACAGACCGCGACACUCGUACUGCAUGUGACAUCUGCUUUCAACCUACGUGUGGACAAUGAUGAUUACGCCCAGUCUUAGUGUGAAAUAAUGGCCGCGUGCUAGGCGGCCCUUAUCAUCACCCAGCGAAUAAACCUUUGGCACGGGUCAGGUCAGGAGAGCCGCAAAGUUCCCACGAUUGCGUCCAUACAGUUGCUCUAAAACUGCACGGCGGAUGUGCAAUUGUCGUGUGCUUGCAUCCGCCUAAACGCUGAACGCUCAAGUUCAAGCCGAAUGCAGAUCGUGUCUUGGCUGGCUUGCGAUCGGACUAAGCCCGAAAGCCCGAAUUCCACCACGAAGACGAACGACUCUUUCACCACAGUUGGCGCGCAGGCGCUCAAGCCAGCUCUCGGGUGGCUCCAAAGCCACUAAAGCUCCACUUUGCUGGAGCUGCUGGAGCCAGACGCAAGCCAAACGCGCUUCGCUGCCGCCUCAUAUAAAAACCUUUGCCUCGUUCCGCCGUAGAUCUAGCGUUUGAAGAAGUGUAACUGACAGUCGACCGACCGCUUGUUUCGGGCGUGAGUGUGAAUCGAUCAUCGCAAAUAUCCUGCGAGUACCCAAAAAAAUAAAAAUAAAAUAAACCAGAACCAGAAUAAAAACCAAAGGAAGAAUGCCCUCAAAUAAUCAAUGAGCUGCACAUCCUCCUAAUUUCUGUGUGUUUUUGUGUGUGUGUCUCGAUCGUUUCUUGCACCUGCACUUCCUCUUUAACCAAACAAAACGAAAUAUAUAAAAGAAAAAACCAAAAAUUAAAUACAACAAAAUGGCCUGCAUGAGCACUUCCGGUCGCGUCGUGUGCGGUUCGCGUCGCCAGCAAACGCACAAAUUCCUGUGCCAACUCUUUGGACGACAUUCAGGAUAUGCCACGGCGGUCUCCAGUUCGGGUUCGGGUUCGGGUUCGGGAUCCCAGCUGCUGCCCAUCGCAAACACACAACAAUACCAAUUGGUGCGUCGCUUUCAUGGAUUAAGCUUCAACCUGGGCAAGGAUUAUCUCGAUUUGCUGCAAAACGCCCACAGCUGCAGUCAGAAUCUGAAGUACUCGCAGUGCUCGAAGACGAAUCUGAGGCAACAUAGCUCGGUGCACACCCAACAGCCCGCCGGUCCUGUCCGAGAGAUCCAGAUCGAUCCGUACAUCAUACUGGACGACGAACUUAAGUACUUCUAUGAUGAUGUCAGAGAUUUGCUGCAAUCGGGAACUUCCCAGCCGGAGCUGGACACCAUCGCCAGCUACUACUUCGAUGGCCAGGGUAAGGCCCUGCGGCCCAUGGUCACCAUGCUGAUGGCCAAGGCGAUAAACUAUCAUUUGAACAACGAGUCACACCAAUUAGUACACAAACAACGACAGGUCGCUCUCUUCUCCGAGAUGGUACACUCGGCCAGCCUGGUGCACGACGAUGUCAUCGAUCAGUCGGACUUCCGACGCGGCAAGCCCAGCGUUAACGCUCUGUGGAAUCAUAAAAAGGUCACAAUGGCUGGUGAUUAUAUCUUAUCGAUUGCCUCAAUUAUGAUAGCCCGUCUCCGCAGCGACGAUGUGACGAUCGUCUUGAGUCAGAUAUUAACCGAUUUGGUUCAAGGCGAGUUCAUGCAGCUGGGCUCAAGGGAAACGGAGAACGAGCGUUUCGCCCACUAUCUGACCAAGACAUACAGGAAGACCGCAUCGCUGAUUGCCAACGCACUGAAGGCGACCGCCGUCAUUGCCCAGGCCGAUGAUAAUGUGGCUGAAGUGGCCUUCCAGUACGGACGAAACAUUGGCCUGGCCUUUCAACUGGUCGACGACAUGCUGGACUUUGUCUCAUCCACCGAACAGAUGGGAAAGCCAACGGCGGCAGACCUCAAACUGGGCCUGGCCACGGCUCCAGUUCUCUUUGCAUGCGAAAAGUACCCCGAGCUGAAUCCCAUGGUGAUGCGACGCUUCAGCGAGCCCGGAGAUGUGGAGCGGGCCUUUGAGCUGGUGCACAAGUCGCACGGACUGGAGCAGACCCGCUUCCUGGCCAAGAAGCACUGCAACGAGGCGAUACGGCUGGCCCAGGAGCUGACGGAGUCGCCCUACCAGAAGGGCCUACAGGUCGUGGCCGACCUAGUCAUCAACCGCUUGAAGUAGAGCGUAAUGAAUCAGAACUACAAUUUAAAUAUACUAUAAUGGAAUUACAAUAUGUAGGCUAAGAGCGGGCCACACUCGGUGUUCGGAUUAGGUUUUUGCCGGCACAUAAACGAAUAACGUCAAAUUGUAAAGAAGAUUUAUUAUUUAGUUUUUAGGCAUCUGUUGUUGACACUGUAAAUAAUUGCAUAAAAACAAACAAAACAAAAACAAAACGAAAACAAAAACAAAAACAAAAUAAACGGCAACGUUUGCUGUACAUAAAAACGA